AUGGCGGUCUUGUCUCGUGAGAAUUCUCCUCGUUAUAUUGAGGUUGAGGGUAAUGACAUGACGGACCAUCAGCAGCAGCAGCAGCAGCAGCAGCAACAGCAGCAGCAGCAGCCGCAUGGGGAUCAGGGCCCCUCAGGGGCCUCUGGUGGAGGGUUUCUGUUUAAUAAUCCAUCGGAUACAGGAGAGGGUAUAAUGCCUCAUAAUCAUCAUCAGCAGCAGCAGCAUCAGCAGCAGCAGCAGCAGCAGCAGCAGCAGCAUGCAUUAGCAGCAGGUCAUGAAGGAGGAGGAGGAAAAGAUUCUCUUUAUCUACAAGAAGAUCAGCAAGCAGAUAAUCCAUUUAAUUCUGAAUAUCCAUCUGCUGCUGGUCUAGAUAUACCAUCAGAGCAGCAGCAGCAGCAGCAGCAGCAGCAGCAGCAGCAUCAACAUCCGCAGCAGCAGCAUGACAUAGAAGGAAAUGGUACUCCUGGUGUAUCUACAGGGGCCCCCUAUCCUAAUGGGGCCCCCCCUGAGGAGCAUAACUUGGACAGUAGGAACAGUGUGGCGAACGAGGAAGGGAAUAGAGAUCCUUCUUCUUCUUCCUCAGCAGCAGCAGGAGCAGCAGCAGCAGGAGGAGAAGAAGAAGGAGGAGGAGAAGGAGGAGGAACAACAACAACAACAACAAGAGGAGAAGAAGGAGGAGGAAGAAGUACAUUAAGAAGAGCAACAAGAAGAGCAUUGCAUGCAGGAGAAAGUGAAACAGAAACAUUACCACCACCACCAGCAGCAGCAGCAGCAGCAGCAGCAGCAGCAGAAGGGGAGAAGGAGAAUACCAAUAACAACAACAAUAGCAGCAACAGUAGUAGUGGUCAUGAGGGAGCAAGACCUGAUGCAGCAGCAGCAGCAGCAGCAGGAACAGCAACUACAACUGCAGCAACAGCAGAAACAACAACAGCAGCAACUAUUGCAGCAACAACUGCAGCAGAAGAAAAAGGAGGAGAAGAAGAACAAUUAUCCGGACAGGUUGAACCCUAUCUACCUUUGCAGCAACAGCAUAUCCUCCUGCUGCAGCAACAGCAGCAGCAGCAGCAGCACAAGCAGCAACAGGAUGGAUACACAGCAGCAACAGCAGCAAGAGGAGAAGGUAUAUCUUUAUUAGAUCCAUUCUUAUCCCGUCGUCUACAAUCCCCUAAUGAUCAUCCGUCUGCUGCUGCUGCUGCUGCUGCUCCUGGUGCUGCUAAUCCUGCUGCUGCUGCUGCUGAUCCUUCUGCUGCUGCAGAUAAUAAUAAUAAUAAUGAAGAAGAAAAUGAUAAAGAUGAAGAGAAAGAUGAAGAUAAUGAUGAAGGGGGCCCCAGGGGCCCCCUAGCUAACCCUCCUCCUUAUAGUAUAACAAUAGGGAGGGACCCAGGGGCCCCCGG